AUGCCUGGAAUAAUAGUGCAAGAGGCCCCAGAGGACGGAGCUUCAGCAUCCUCUAGCUCCUCUACAGCGGGUGUUGAACUCUCCCAACUCUCACUCCAAGCUCCUCGGAUGACCCGACCGCGCCCUGACCGAGUCACCGUAAGAAAUAGACGACUCCAAUAUCUCGCCAAGAACUCACCCACUUACUUUUCCUCGCCUGACCUCGAGCUCGCCGACCCCCUCCUCUACGACCGUCUCAUCCGGCAGCACCAGAGUCCGGCCGAGCGCGAAGCCGAGGGCCGCAAGAAGGGUUGGUCGGGCAUCCUGCACGCGGAUCUCUCGCGGUCCGAGGCGAAAAUAGAUGCGCUGCGUGACAGCGAUGCUACGACCCUCGAGACCCGUGCAGAGAACAGCGUUGGCGAGACGGUGACAAGUAAGGAGGAGGCGGAGCAGGUGUGGCGGGAGACGAUGACGCUGAGAUUUUUGGAGGGUAGAGAUGAGGAUGCUGACUACGAGAGCAUCGAUAACAGUGAGGAGUACGAUGAUUAUAGGCAGAUUGAGAGGGAUGCGCAGGAUGCGUAUUUUGAUGCGGAGAGCCCAAGUGAGGAGGGGGCGGGCGCGGGAGAUACGGGUGUGCAGGACUUUUGA